AUGCCACCCCAUUCGACUUCUCCCUUUUUUGAAUUCAAAGUUGUAUCAUCCUCUGCUGUGUCUAGCAACAGUCAAAGAAACAACAAGAAGAAGAAUCAACGAAAUGGUAACAAUAACAACCAACACACUUCUUCAACAGCAGCAACAGCAUGUCAGCAUGUGAACACAACUCCCACGAACGGAUUGAACAACCUGAUGCAUUCCAAUACUGCUGUACAUGCAUUACCGAUCAUGACGAGCUGUACAGGAGGAAACAGUUUGAAAAAAAAUAAGAAGAACAGUGCUCCCGGUUUUUCAACACAAUCCUCAACGGCUGCUGCUGCUAGUACAACCACGUCCUUUCAAGCUCAGCCCUCCACUCAACAAUCAGCCUAUAUUCAUUGGAGAUUGGAUGAUGCGGAUUUGGAGAAGGCUUCCAACACUUCUUCCGUCGGAAGUAAUGAUCUACCUCAAAGAAAUGCCAACGGAAUUGAGAAGAAGUCUAAAAAGAAAAAGUAUGGAAGUUUAGCCUUUUCAUUGGGUGAUCUCACUUUGGUGAAUAACAUGAAUUAUCAGAAACCUUCCAUGAAGAAUGUUCCACCCAUUCAUACCUUCUCAGCAGCAAAUUCUGCAAAUUCUCAACAAACUUCACCUCGUUCUUCAACCUCUCAAUCUCAACAUUCCUCUCAACACCAAGCUUCUCCUAGAUAUAACCAACAAUCUCCUUGUAUUAAUAAUUCCUCGAAUUCAACACCAAAUUCUAUCAUGAUUCCUCCUCAACAACCACAAUUUAAUGUACAAAACAACAACAGCUCAUCCAUGGCAUUGACACCUUCGCCAACCACUCCUGUUUCCAUUCAGUAUAGUAGUCAACCAUCCAUUCAAUAUCAUCAUGGAACAGGCAGUCAACCCUAUUCCAUGUAUCCAACACCAACAACAAAUGCACUGCCUCAACACACACAAUUACCAUCAUUGCAACAAUUUCAAUUUCCAGUGCCUCAACAAUUCUUAAUGUAUACUUCAAGCAUGUCACAAGCUGCUUCGACAUCCACUCAAUCCAAUUUACAACAACAAGGAACUAAUUCUACAAUUCCUUCAUCUGGAACCUUUCCAACAAACGAUCCAAACAAUAAUCUCUCCCCAACUCUUUCACCAAGAAGUAAAAUUGCUAGAACUGGCAUUUCAAUAAAGGAUAUUCUUAAUUGA